UUUAUCUCAUUUUUAUCUUAGUAGCGGAAGAGUAAUAUGAUGCAAUUAAUUAUUGUACGUUUCAUCUUGCAUGUCCAUUUCAAAUCUUAUUCAUACUUUUCGUAAGCUUAAUUUGUCGUUCGAUGUGAACGCAGUCAAAUUAAACUUGUUGCGCAUUAUUUUCGUCACGUAGAAAUCUCAUAUGAUGUGACUUAGUUCGGUAACUGAAAGUAUAAUGAAUAUAUUUCGUCUCACGGGUGAUCUUUUGCAUUUAUUUGCAAUUGUCGGGCUUCUUUAUAAAAUAUGGAAAACAGGAAACUGUAGCGGUAUCAGCGGCAAAACACAACUUUUGUUUGCAAUCAUCUACACAGUCCGUUAUGUAGAUCUGAUAACAAGUUAUAUAUCAGUAUAUAACUCUUCUCUUAAAAUUAUUUUCAUUACAAUCUCAUAUGUAACAGUGUAUUUGAUAUAUGUACGAUUACAAUCAACAUAUGAACAUACUCGGGAUACAUUUAGAAUCGAACUUCUAAUUUUAGGUGCAAUGAUAUUGGCAAUAUUCAUUAACCAUGAAUUCACAGUUAUGGAAGUAUUAUGGUCAUUCAGCAUUUAUCUGGAAGCUGUAGCAAUGUUGCCACAAUUAUUUUUUGUAGCAAAAGCAGGAGAAAAAAAACGCACCAUGAAUUAUUAUGUUUUUGCUAUGGCAACUUAUAAAGGAUUUUAUAUUUUAAACUGGAUUUAUCGAUACUAUACACAAGACUUCUAUGAUUUUAUUGCUGUAGGUGCGGGCAUAGUACAUGUGUUUGUUUACUUUAGCUACUUCUGCAUCCCGAUAUAUAAGAAGGAGAGUGAUCUGUCCUAUAAUGCAGAAAAGACACCAGUUCCAACUAUGCAAUCUCCUACUCCACAAUACAUUUCUAAUUGUCUCCUGGCAGAAACAAAAGAUGAGUUUCCUAAAAUACAUAAAGGGACCAAACAAGAAAAAUCUGAUUUGGCCAACUCAGUAUAGCAUUGCAUACUGUAAUGCAUUAUGUUUCAAUUGCUCAUUUGAGAACAAUGCAUCAGCUUCUUCUCUACGAUUUACAACAUACAGCGAUCAAUGGCGAAAAAUACUUAAAUAAGAAUGGCAGUUACAGCACAAGAGAUAUAAUUUUGCCAUACGAAAAAUGAAAAUUGAGAACAUAAAGUAUACUAUACAGAUAAAAAUAUAUCAUUUAUAUUUUCUUUAAAAAUGUAAUUAUAUCUUUCAGCUUGUAUAACAAAGAAAACAUUGAAUUAAAUCUUAUACUUUUAUA